GUCAGAGUCAGAGUCAGAAAGCAUGGGAAUCUCUGCAACAGCUGAGCAAGGAAGCGUACAAAGGAUUCAUGAGUCUUGGUGUCUCCUCUGGACGCAAUUGGCAGCUCGCAUUUGGGAGGCUGGCAGAUGCCACGUUUGCAGGCCGGCAAACAUAUCAAACUUUUUUGGCCAAGGUCUAAGCCCUUCUGAAAGUAUUAGGGCGGCUGGCUCCAUUGAGCUGAAACAUUGCGUAGUGGCCACCUGAACUCGUCAAUUGUUAUGGCAGCGCCUGAGGGGAGGGCCAUCCAGGGUCAAUGUUUUUGCACUGCUGUAAAGUUUGAGAUCGCAGCUGGUGUAGAGCCUGCUUUUCAGGCGUAUUGCCACUGCCGUUCCUGCCAAUGCUACCAUUCUGCCCCCUUCAUCGCCGUUGUGGGUUUCCCCAUCAAGGUGGAUCACGGCUUUGCUGACAAGGAGGGAAGGUUGAAGUUCACGGAAGGCGCUGAUCUGGUGACGUCGUACAAUCACUCGCAUCACGGCGCGCCCCGUAGGAUGUUCUGUAAACGGUGCGGUGCGGCCCUCGCAAACGUUCUCGACGAGGGCAUCUUCGUCACCUUCCCCCGAGUCAUUGCAAAGGGCGGCUUCACAUUCAAUGUCAGGCAGGCCCCAGUUUCAUGGGUUUUAUGGCGACACGGUGUUUCCAUUUCCGGACGGCCUGCCAAAGUACAGCGGCUUUGGCAAGGGCGACCGACUGGACGAGGGCAGCCCCUCGAAGGAGUACAGGUUCGACUAACUUGAAACAGGGACUUCAGGAUGUUUCAGAUAAUCACAUCCUUAGCUACCAAGCCUGCUUCCAUGAUCUGUACUCGAUGUUGGAUGUUGAGAUUCAGUUGUAACGGCGACGUAUAGGAUUUGCUUUUAGUGAAAGUUAAUUGACGAGCUCUAGAUCGGAGUCCCAGUGAUAGCUUGCGGCAUGCACUUGUUGCUCAGACUGAUUUUAACGUUGCAAGGUAAUCCACAAACAUCGAGAGCGUAGAAAAGUAGCACGGGAUCGCG